AAGUAAAUUGAGUAAGGACUACUUACGAAGCUUUAUCAAGCAGUUUGAUGAGGGUGGACUUAGUCCAUAUAGGCGUUCUGAGCCCAUACCACAAUACUCAGGGAAUGAAGGAGUUCUACAGGUUGUAUCUGAUAACUUCGAGGAUAUCGUAAUGAAUGAUAAGCAAGAUGUCCUGGUGAACUACUUCGCACCAUGGUGUGGUCAUUGUCGUCAACUAAGCGGAAUAUACUCAUCUCUUGGGGAGAAGGUGAAGCAUCUAAGCUCAACGUUGAAGAUUGUGAAGGUUGAUGCAACACAGAAUGAGCUGCCUUUCAGAGUAGAUGUUUUCCCGACCAUUGCGCUCUAUCCUGCGGGGAGGAAACAUGCGCCGGUAGCAUUCCAUGGUCCCCGGACGGUAGAUCGGUUCAUUGAGUGUGUUAAGACCUAUGUACAUAGAGA